CAUUGAAUGCAUUUUCUAGAUAUCACUUCAUCCCAAGUAAGGUACUAGAUGACCUCAUAAAGCAAUUUAAAUGUUUACGUGUAUUAUCUUUAAGUGGCUAUUACAUAAGUGGAGAGCUACCACAUUCGAUUGGUGAUUUGAGACAUUUACGUUAUCUCAAUUUGUCAAACUCUUCAAUAAAAAUGCUACCUGACUCAGUGGGUCAUCUUUAUAAUCUAGAGACAUUGAUAUUAUCAGAUUGUUGGAGACUCACUAAGUUGCCUAUUGUGAUUGGAGACCUAAUCAACCUUCGGCAUAUUGAUAUUUCUGGUACAAGUCAACUACAAGAGAUGCCUUCCGAGAUCAGCAACCUAACAAAUUUGCAAACAUUAUCGAAAUAUAUUGUGGGCGAAAAUAAUAGUUUGAGAAUAAGAGAAUUGAAGAACUUGCAGGAUCUUCGAGGAAAGCUUUCCAUUUCAGGGUUGCAUAAUGUGGUGGAUAGUCAAGAUGCGGUGGAUGCUAAGUUAGAAGAAAAGCACAACAUUGAAGAGUUGACGAUGGAAUGGGGCAGUGAUUUUGUUAAGUCACGAAAUGAAAUGAACGAGAUGAAUGUUUUGGAGGGGCUACGACCACCUAGAAACUUGAAAAAGCUCACAGUGGCAUCUUAUGGUGGAUCAACAUUUUCAGGUUGGAUAAGGGACCCCUCAUUCCCAUCAAUGACACAAUUAAUUCUAAAGAAUUGCAAGAGAUGCACCUCAUUACCAUCUCUCGGCAAAUUAUCCUUCCUCAAGACCUUGCAUAUCGAGGGGAUGAGUGAAAUUAGAACCAUAGAUGUGGAGUUCUAUGGAGGGGUUGUCCAGCCUUUGCCAUCCCUGGAGCUUCUCAAGUUUGAGGAUAUGCUGAAAUGGGAGGACUGGUUUUUUCCUGAUGCAGUUGAAGGAGUUGAAUUAUUUCCACGCCUUAGAGAGCUUACCAUAAGAAACUGCUCAAAGUUGGUUAAACAGUUGCCUGAUCGCCUGCCAUCCUUGGUGAAACUGGACAUCUCUAAUUGUCAAAAUCUGGCAGUUCCUUUCUUAAGAUUUGCAUCUCUUGGUGAACUAGAGAUAGACGAAUGCAAGGAGAUGGUGUUGAGAAGUGGGGUGGUUGCAGAUAGUGGGGAUCAAAUGACAUCUAGGUGGGUUUACAGUGGUCUUCAAAGUGCAGUGUUUGAACGCUGUGACUGGCUUGUAUCAUUGGAUGACCAAAGACUGCCUUGCAAUCUGAAAAUGUUGAAGAUAGUCGACUGUGUUAACCUCAAGAGCCUGCAAAAUGGAUUGCAAAGUCUCACUUGUCUUGAAGAGCUGGAAAUAGUGGGAUGCCGCGCACUGGACUCAUUUCGAGAGAUAGAUUUGCCACCCAGGCUGAGACGUCUUGUGCUGCAGAGAUGCAGCAGUCUCAGGUGGCUGCCCCAUAACUACAGCUCUUGUCCCCUUGAAUCCCUGGAGAUCAGGUUUUGUCCAUCUCUCGCCGGCUUUCCAAGUGGUGAGCUACCGACCACACUCAAGCAACUGACUGUUGCAGAUUGUAUGCGUCUAAGGUCUCUACCAGAUGGAAUGAUGCACCCCAAUUCCACCCACAGCAACAACGCUUGUUGCCUUCAAAUAUUGAGGAUACAUGAUUGCCAGUCUCUCGUGUCCUUCCCAAGAGGGGAGUUAUCCUCCACUUUGAAGCGGCUUGAGAUUCAGCAUUGCUCCAACUUGGAGUCAGUAUCAAAGAAAAUGUCGCCCAGCAGUAGAGCUCUUGAGUAUUUAGAGAUGAGGAGUUAUCCCAAUCUGAAAAUCCUGCCACAAUGCCUUCACAACGUCAAGCAGCUCAACAUAGAAGACUGUGGAGGUCUGGAGGGGUUUCCAGAAAGAGGGUUGUCCGCCCCCAACCUCAGAGAGCUUCGUAUUUGGAGAUGUCAGAAUCUCAAGUGCUUGCCGCAUCAAAUGAAAAACCUCACAUCCCUUCAGUUUCUCAACAUAGGGCAUUCUCCGAGAGUGGAUUCCUUCCCGGAAGGGGGUUUGCCCCCCACCCUAAAAUUUCUUUCAGUUGUAAAUUACAAGAAUCUGAAGACGCCCAUAUCUGAGUGGGGCCUCCACACCCUCACCUCUCUUUCAACAUUGAAGAUUUGGGGAAUGUUUGCAGACAAGGCUUCCCUUUGGGACGAUGAAUUUCUUUUCCCUACAUCUCUCACCAACCUUCAUAUCAGCCACAUGGAAUCCCUGGCCUCCCUGGACCUCAACAGCAUCAUCUCUCUUCAACACCUAUAUAUCGGUUCCUGUCCUAAGCUCCACUCCUUGACACUGCGGGAUACAACACUUGCAAGUCUUGAAAUCAUUGACUGUCCUCUUCUUCAGAAAACAAAUUUUCCCUUCAGUGCCCACAUCCCCAAAUUCAGAAUGAGUGGCAGGGUAAUGUAUUCUACGGGUGCUGGAAAAGAAAUGAAAGCAGAAAGCCAUUCAACUCUUUCCAUGCAUUCUCCAAUCAGGGAUCUGGCUUAAUAAGGAUAUGGAAAGUAGUGCACAAGGAAAAAAGAAGAAAGAGAGAGAUGAGACAUGAUCCAUUCUCUUGAUGUAUAGGUGACCUUGGCUUGGCUGCAGUUCUUAAUUGGGGGUUUGGGGGUUUUCUAUUAAAUUUGUGAUUCCCUUUUUAGUACCUCUGGUUCUGGAUUAAGGAAACUUAUAUGACAUUCUCUUCCACCUUCAACAGAAUCAUGGCCUCCAAAUUUCUCCAUUUUAUGUGUUUCCAAUUCUUCUUACAUGCAAUAUGACGGAUCAUUCUUCCUAAGAAUUCUUCUUUCUCUAGUCAAGAAAUGAAAGCAAACAAAUAGAUGCAUAAUUUUCAAGAUUUAAGAGCCUGGGAAGUUCUAUCAUCUUUUGCAGUAUUGUGGAUGGUCACUUCAGCCAAUAAAUACUAUUUCACGGCCAACUCUGGUUUGUCAAACGAAAGGGCUGCCUGCUACACUCUCAAUGCUUAAAAUCAAGAAAUUUCUUACUCUCAAAACUGGUGGUAAGAAUGUGGGGAGGUGACAUCUUUGUAGGAGAGCAGGUUUUGAUUAGAUUGCCUUGGUGGUCUUGAAAGUAUAGAAAUCUGGCAGUGCCAUGGACUUGUAUUCUUGGAGGAGCAAGGGCUGCCUCACAAUCUUAAAUAUUUGAAACCAGAAAACUGUGCUAACCAGGAGAAGCAGAAGACUCUACAGUUUGGCCUCCAACCUUGCACCACUUUCUAUCAGAGAUUGUGUGAAUCUGAAGCUGCCAUUAUCGGAGUAGGGCUUCCACAGGCUCACUUCUCUUUCACCAUUAUAUAUUUCUGGCCUAUGUCCAGGUCUGGCUUCUCCAUCAGAUGAUGACUGUCUUUUUCCUACCACUCUGAGCAAAUUUCGAUUAGUAAACUGGAUUUCAUCUCAUCUCCGUCUUUCAAAAACCUCCUUUCUCUUGAAAGUAUAUCCAUCUAUAGUUGCCCUAAGCUCCAGUCCAAAGGGAUUCCUGAAACACUUCCAAGACUUGAGGUAAGGGACUGUUAACAAUGUUCCAAGAUGAAUUCCAUGUUUCCUACAUGGAAAAAAAAAAAAAAAAGUUCAAUCAGGUACGGCUAUUUGCAACUCAAUCCCAAUUCCAGAUUGUCCUCUCAUGAAUAGAUGGCUUUAGCAACUGUUGCUAAUUGGCAUUUUCUCUUAACUUGCUGGCCUCAGUUCCACUGAAGCCUGAUCAAGACAUUCCACAUCCAUUUCCUGCCACCAGAUAUUCAUCAUAUGGGCUGCUUAAAAUGAAGGCAAUGAUAUCUCUUCCCCUCUUUUCAAUAAGGCAACCUUCCCGUUCACAAUGUGCAGCUCUUGUUUUCGUUGCCCUAAUACUGAGUUCAUUUUCAGAUAAAGAAUGGAAGUUUCUUCUCUACAUUCAGGAAAGAAAGAAUAAAAGGAAGAUGUAGGUGAAAUCCAAAAGUUUCAAAAAUCAAGCAACAUAUUUGCAUGUCACUGGAAAAUAAAUGUCAUCAAAGUAUAGGGGUGCUCAAUGCAUUGCUGCAUACACUUGAAAGAGACCAAUCUUACCUUCCUCAAGGUCCAUGAUGCCGGUCAAAUGGUCCCCAUGGAUCAGCCCUGAGCUGCACUAGAGAUAACUAAAGAGGUGGAUUAAAGACAAACUUCCUCAAAAACCCAUGCAUGGCUGAAUCAAAAGAGCCAGAAAUCUUGUCUUAUGUUAGGCACAGUUGAAUACUUUGUCCAUGUUGAACAUUGUAUGCUGUCCUGGAAUUCUCAGUAUGCUUGUAAAUAUUUACCCACAGCCCACAACCACAAAUUCUGGACCCAACAAUUGAUGAUGUAAUAAAAAUUUCUUUUGGGAAUAAGAAUGCAUGCAGCCUGUGUAUUUUAUUCCUCUUUCUUGUUAUCUUAUUGUUUGGUGUACUUGUGGGCUUAUUCCUUUGAUUUGGGUUUGAAGUUUAAUACAAAUGUAAA